UAACACUGUACACACAGAUCAGAAACAGAGCCCUUAUACAGUACUUCAGCCCAUAUGUGUCUGCAGACAUGACUAAGAUGUCCCAGUCCUUCAACACCACAGUGUUAUCUCUGGAGGAUGAACUGACCCAGCUCAUACUGGAGGGACUGAUCAACGCACGUAUAGACUCUCACAGCAAGAUCCUGUAUGCGAGGGACGUGGACCAGAGGGGCCAUACGUUUGAGAAGUCUGUCCACAUGGGCAAGGAGUUCCAGAGACGAGCCAAAGCCACGAUCCUCAGAGCUGCUGUGCGCAACCAGAUACACGUCAGCUGUUAG